AUGACACUCAAUGCCAUGCUUGACAGUGGUUCAGUGGCCUGCUCCCUGAGUUCUCAUGUGCUCAACCUCAUGAUAGAGAAAAAUGUCAUUUCCCCUGACUCCAUUUCUCCCACAUCGGUUGUGCUCAUCGGAUGCGGUGGUUUAACAACCAGACCUGUUGGUGCGUGUGAGCUGAAGAUGAAAGUGUUUGACUGUUGCUUUUCAGUUCCGACACUCAUAGUGGAGGGUCAAAGUGAUGAUCUCAUUCUUGGCAGCAAUGUCAUAAAACACCUCAUUCGGGUGCUGAAGCACUCUGGUGACUUUGAGGAGAAGGUGUCUCUCUCAGAUCAGCUUCCUGAGGAGGGGAGAAGCAGUUCUUGGCUGCUGUUGAGACAUGGAAGGGAGGUGAGUGUCCUGACAAGGUGGGUACUGUUAAGCUCAAACAUGCAGUAA